GAAAGAUACACACAAUAAAAUACAUGGGAAGUUGUGAACAACAAGUCGUAUAAUAUAUUUCUUUAAGGAAAACACGCAAUCUAGAACCACAUCAGACUCUGAUGAUCAGAGUAUUGUAGUCGUAUCCACCGUCGUAUCCACCGUCGUAUCCACCAAUCCAACUAAACAACAACUUGGUUAAAACUUUGGUCUGGUUGUUUUAGUAAUAGUGGAAUAACAAUCUGAUUAGAUUAAAAAGUCCAUCCGGGAAUUAAAAGGUCGAAAGAGUGUCAACUUGGGUUAGUCAUCUUCAUUAUGCUCUUGCCAGAAACAAUUCACAAAAAUUUUGAUCCAUUCUAAAUUAUUCUGUUCACUGGAUAAAACAGACUAAAAUAUAAGACUAUUGGUUAAAGUUAACAAGUGAUAUUUAUUGUCAUUUCAAAGUUCUGUUCUGUUCUGUUGAAAAAAAAUUAAAAAGUUUAGUAGAAGUGAUUAGUUUAAAAAAAUACAGGUCAAACUGCCGAAAAAUGAGUUUUUCUGGAGUAGUGAUUUUUAAGAAACUGACCUUGAUUGUUAUUCUACUUGUUGAAUUAGGUAGCGUUUUUGUGGUGGUUGACAGUGCUCAAUUUAGAGAGUCUCGAUUCACCUCCGGUCGAGACGAAGUUUUUUGGAGUCUUACCGAUGCGAACAAGACGAAAACUUGUAUCUUACUUUCGGGCGUUUUUGAAAUUGAGAUUCCUUAUUACACCGACUAUUUCAUGAAAUCCAUCGCAGUGAUUCGUAUUCCCAGGAUUGCGUCCGUCACUGGAUUUUGUGAUACAAAUGAAAACCCAAAUUUGGAAUCUUUGUCUUUCGAGUGGUCUCCAGAUCCGCGACAACCGGAAGUGAAACAUUCAGUUACGCUCACCUUUAAGAGAUAUUCCCACUUGAAGGAACCCUCAUUUCUCGAACCGUACUACGCGUUGACCACUAUUCAUGGGAGGAUACAAACCAAUGAGGUUGAUUUUCAUGACCCAUUUGACCCCGAACACAUUUACAAUCUGACGGCUUCCGACGUGGGAGCUAUUUUAAGCGCCCCUGAAAAGUUAUCCUUUGUCUGCAAGUCCAUCCAAGUGAUCAAGUUCAAUGAUGGGAGAAACAGUUUCGCCAUGUCCGAGGUCCAUGCGGAAGCUUUUCAUGACAAGAUUGCUCUCGGAGAUGGCAAAGAUUUUGGACCGAAAUCAUUUUGUGCAAAGGAUGGUGUAGAAGUUCUUUUGAUGGUAUUCACCUACGUAAUAAUUUUAGCAUUAUUCGGCUUAGCCGUCUACUACGUUGUGGAUAAGAGAAGAAAGCGGGCGUACGUCUAUUUGUAGGAAUUUCACAUUUAUUUUUUAUACGAUUGUGACGAUUAUGCGCGUAAUUAUUAUCCUAUUUAUUACUACAUGAAUCGUUUAAAUUUGCAAAUGAAUAAGUCUUCUUAUAUCUGUUUGAUGACUGAGCUUCAAAAUGAGAGAAAUAAUAAAUAAUGGUCUCAAUAAAAACAAAUAAUUUUGUGGGCA